AUGAAGCUGGUGCAGCUGCUCCUGGGUGUGCCCACACUCCACCACCAGCAGCAGAGACGCCCAGGACCUGGAAGGGAGCCGGAGUGCAUGGUGGGCAGAAAAGAAAUGAAACGUGCCUACACAGAGCCCAUCGAUGACGGGAGAACGUGUGUUCUGUGCUACCGAGAAUCCGACCUUCUUCAGAGCAGGGUCCUGUACUGCGUCCACUUCAGAGGUGACUUUGGUCCAGAGAAUUCUCCCCCAGUCCUGCCCCCUGGCCAUGGUGGUGACUUGUCUGUGAGCAGCAUUCCUGUGGCAGAAGACACCUACAGGGUGAGCUUGGCCAAAGGUGUCUCAAUGUCUCUGCCUUCAUCACCUCUGCUGCCUCGACAGUCUCAUUCGGUGCAAUCAAGAUCAAAUAAAAAAUCCCCAGGACCCGUCAGGAAGCCCAAGUAUGUGGAAAGCCCCAGAGUGCCUGGAGAUGCAGUUAUAAUACCGUUCAGAGAAGUGUCCAAGGCAGCAGAGCCCAAUGAGAAUGAAGCAAAGGCCGAUAAUGAACCGAGCUGUUCGCCGGCAGCUCAAGAACUGUUGACAAGGCUGGGAUUUUUACUGGGAGAAGGGAUCCCAAGUGCCACACACAUAACCAUUGAAGAAAAAAAUGAAACCAUGUGCACAGCUCUAAGCCAAGGCAUCAGUCCUUGCUCCACACUAACAAGCAGCACCGCAUCUCCUAGCACCGAUAGCCCCUGCUCAACCUUGAAUAGCUGUGUCAGCAAGACCGCAGCCAACAAAAGUCCCUGUGAGACCAUUAGCAGCCCUAGUUCCACCCUGGAAAGCAAGGACAGUGGAAUUAUAGCCACAAUUACAAGUUCAUCCGAAAAUGAUGACCGGAGUGGCUCCAGUUUGGAAUGGAAUAAGGACGGAAGCCUAAGGUUAGGGGUACAGAAAGGAGUGCUUCAUGAUCGCAGGGCAGAUAAUUGCUCCCCAGUGGCAGAAGAGGAGCCCCCUGGGUCAGCGGAGAGCGUGCUGCCCAAAACUGAAGCCUCAGUUGGAGAUGGUCCAGUCCCUUAUUCUCAGAGCUCCAGCUCGCUAGUAAUGCCACGGCCCAACUCAGUUGCAGCAACAAGCUCAACCAAGUUGGAGGAUCUGAGUUAUUUAGACGGGCAGAGAAAUGCCCCUCUUCGAACGUCAAUUAGAUUGCCGUGGCACAAUACAGCCGGAGCACGAUUUGCUCCCUACAAGCCACAGGACAUUUUGUUGAAACCCCUGUUGUUUGAAGUACCAAGCAUAACAACGGACUCUGUGUUUGUGGGAAGGGAUUGGCUCUUUCACCAGAUAGAAGAAAACUUGAGGAACACAGAACUGACAGAAAAUAGAGGAGCCGUGGUGGUUGGAAACGUGGGCUUUGGGAAGACCGCAAUCAUUUCUAAGUUGGUGGCACUUAGCUGCCACGGAAGCCGCAUGAGGCAGAUUGCUUCCAGCAGCCCCAGUUCACCACCAAAAACUUCGGAUUCCUCCCAGGAUCUUCCUUUCACUCCGUUGCUUUCACCGAGCUCUUCUGCAGUUGUUACCAACAUGGCCAAAACACCCCCUGGGUCUGGGUCUGAUACUCCUGAGAACCAGAGACCAAGAGAGGACGCAGUGAAAUACCUCGCUUCUAAGGUCGUGGCCUACCACUACUGCCAAGCUGACAACACGUACACAUGCCUGGUGCCUGAGUUCGUGCACAGCAUUGCAGCUCUGCUGUGCCGGUCCCACCAGCUGGCCGCCUACAGGGACCUACUGAUCAGGGAGCCCCAGCUACAGAGCAUGCUGAGCCUCCGGUCCUGCGUGCAGGACCCAGUGGCCGCCUUCAGGAGAGGAGUGCUGGAACCGCUCACAAGCCUGAGAAACGAGCAGAAAAUUCCUGAAGAAGAAUAUAUUAUUUUGAUAGAUGGCUUAAAUGAAGCGGAGUUUCAUAAGCCUGAUUAUGGAGAUACGCUUUCUUCAUUUAUUACCAAAAUUAUUUCUAAGUUUCCUGCCUGGUUGAAGCUGAUUGUGACUGUAAGAGCAAAUUUUCAGGAAAUUGUGAGCACGCUGCCAUUCGUCAAGCUUUCCUUAGAUGACUUUCCGGACAACAAAGACAUUCACAGUGACCUGCAUGCCUACGUCCAGCACAGGGUCCACAGCAGCCAGGACAUCCUCAGCAACAUCUCCCUGAACGGCAAGGCCGACGCCGCCCUUAUUGGGAAAGUGAGCAGCCACCUGGUGCUGCGGAGCCUCGGCUCCUACCUGUACCUCAAACUCACCUUGGACCUCUUCCAGAGGGGACAUUUGGUCAUCAAAAGUGCCAGCUACAAGGUGGUCCCCGUGUCUCUGUCUGAGCUCUAUCUGCUGCAGUGCAACAUGAAGUUCAUGACCCAGUCCGCCUUCGAGAGAGCACUUCCGAUUCUAAACGUGGCCCUCGCAUCCCUCCACCCCAUGACGGAUGAGCAGAUCUUUCAGGCCAUUAACGCGGGCCACGUACAAGGGGAGCAGGGAUGGGAGGACUUCCAGCAGAGGAUGGAUGCUCUCUCCUGCUUCCUCAUUAAGAGGCGAGACAAAACCCGCAUGUUCUGCCACCCGUCCUUCCGGGAGUGGCUCGUUUGGAGAGCAGAUGGUGAAAACACGGCCUUCCUAUGCGAGCCCAGGAAUGGGCACGCUCUCCUGGCAUUCAUGUUCUCUCGACAAGAGGGCAAGCUGAAUCGCCAGCAAACCAUGGAGCUUGGCCAUCACAUCCUGAAGGCACACAUUUUCAAGGGCCUCAGUAAGAAGACAGGAAUCUCCUCAAGCCACCUCCAAGCCCUGUGGAUCGGGUACAGCACCGAGGGCCUCUCUGCCGCCCUGGCCUCUCUCAGGAAUCUCUACACCCCCAAUGUGAAGGUCAGCCGUCUCCUGAUUUUGGGAGGGGCCAACGUGAACUACAGAACAGAAGUGUUAAAUAAUGCCCCAAUCCUGUGCGUCCAGUCUCACCUUGGCCAUGAGGAAGUGGUCACUCUGCUCCUGGAAUUUGGCGCCUGCCUGGAGGGAAUGUCAGAGAAUGGCAUGACCGCCCUCUGCUAUGCUGCAGCAGCUGGCCAUAUGAAGCUGGUCUGUCUGCUGGCCAAGAAGGGGGCGAGGGUGGACCACUUGGAUAAGAAAGGCCAGUGUGCACUGGUGCACAGCGCACUGAGGGGCCAUGGUGACAUUCUCCGGUACCUGCUGACCUGUGAGUGGUCGGCAGGCCCUCCCCAGCCAGGUGCACUGAGGAAGAGCCAAGCCCUGCAGCAGGCGCUGACAGCAGCCGCCAGCAUGGGCCACAGCUCGGUGGUCCAGUGCUUGCUGGGACUGGAGAAGGAACACGAGGUAGACGUCAAUGGCACCGACACGCUGUGGGGAGAAACAGCCCUGACUGCUGCUGCUGGAAGAGGGAAGCUGGAGGUGUGCGAGCUGCUGCUGGAGCACGGAGCUGCUGUGUCUCAGACUAACAGGAGAGGAGUCCCACCUUUGUUUUGUGCAGCACGCCAGGGGCAUUGGCAGAUCGUUAGAUUACUUUUGGACCGUGGCUGUGAUGUGAGCCUAAGUGACAAGCAGGGCCGGACGCCCCUCAUGGUGGCCGCUUGUGAAGGACACUUGAGCACCGUGGAAUUUCUCCUUUCAAAAGGUGCUGCCCUUUCUUCUCUGGACAAAGAGGGACUGUCAGCAUUAAGCUGGGCUUGUCUGAAGGGUCACAGGGCAGUGGUCCAGUUUCUGGUUGAGGAAGGAGCCGAGAUAGACCAGACGGACAAGAAUGGCCGCACUCCCUUGGACCUGGCCGCCUUCUACGGUGACGCAGAGACCGUACUGUAUCUGGUUGAGAAGGGAGCCGUGAUUGAGCACGUGGACCACAGCGGCAUGCGCCCCUUGGAUAGAGCCAUUGGUUGUCGAAAUACAUCUGUAGUGGUUACACUGCUGAGAAAAGGAGCCAAAUUAGGAAAUGCUGCCUGGGCGAUGGCUACUUCCAAACCUGAUAUUUUGAUUAUACUUUUACAGAAAUUGAUGGAGGAAGGAAACAUGAUGUACAAAAAAGGGAAGAUGAAAGAGGCAGCCCAGAGGUACCAGUAUGCCUUAAGGAAGUUUCCGCGGGAAGGAUUUGGAGAGGACAUAAGACCAUUCAAUGAGCUAAGAGUUUCCCUCUAUCUCAAUUUGUCUCGCUGCCGAAGAAAAACGAAUGACUUUGGCAUGGCAGAAGAAUUUGCUUCCAAGGCUCUCGAAUUGAAACCAAAGUCCUAUGAAGCCUUUUAUGCCAGGGCAAGAGCGAAGAGAAAUAGCAGGCAGUUUGCCGCAGCUCUGGCUGACCUCCGGGAAGCUGUGAAGCUCUGUCCCACCAAUCAGGAAAUCAGGAGGCUGGUGGCCCGCGUCGAGGAGGAAUGCAAGCAGCUCCAGAGGAGCCAGCAGCAGAAACAGCAGUGCCCAGCGCCAGCCCCACCCAAUGACUCCGACAACGAGGAGGACACUCCGACCCCUGGGUUAAACGACCACUUCCAUCUUGAGGAGGCUGGGGAAGAAGAAACUUCCUCCCAGGAAGAGUCUAUUUCCCCACCGCCCAGGUCUCAGCCAUCCUCCUGUGUCCCCUCUCCGUAUAUCCGAAACCUUCAAGAAGGGUUACAGUCCAAAGUGAGGCCGGUGUCCCCGCAGCACAGGCCAGUCAUCGGUAAGGCCCCGAGGGAAGCUGUAGCUCCGCCCGGGCUGGUCCUGCAGCCCACCCGGCAGGCACAGAUCGUGAAGACCAACCAACAUCUGGGUGCUGGACAGGCCGGCGUGAGAAACGGUAGCACAAAAAUGCAGGUCGCUGCUCAGAAUCCUCCCCCGAGCCCUAUGCCAGGUGGGAUCCCUGCAGCUCCUGGUGGUGGCAGAACCCAGCGUUUGGAGGGCACGGGCACUUUGACUGUGGGCUCCGGGUCUGGCCAUUUUGGAGAGAGGCUGGGCCCCAGUCACGGUGUCCAGCUGCAGCACAGCGAGGGCGGUGCUGCUUACCCCUUACCGAGCAAGGUAAAGACUGCAGAGAGGCUUCUGUCUCACGCCUCCGUAGCCGUGGAUGUAGCCCCUCUCAACCAGGGUGGGCCGGUGAGCUGCGGUGACGGGCGACACCCGGCUUCCCUCACCAGCUCAGGCUCUUCUGGUUCUCCGUCUGGCAGCAUAAAGAUGUCAAGUUCAACCAGUAGUUUGACUUCAAGCAGCAGUUUCUCAGAUGGCUUCAAAGUCCAAGGACAGGAUGCUCGCAUUAAAGACAAGGUUGUUAGCCAGGGUCAAAGCGGGACAGCCGAGCACAGACCACGCAGUACUCCAUUCAUGGGCAUCAUGGAUAAGACUGCAAGGUUCCAGCAGCAGAACAAUCCUCCAAACCGUACCUGGCACUGUCAGGUGCCGGAGGGGCUACUGCUGAACACGUCCUCUGCAGCCGGUUUGCAAUCCUUGAACUCUGAGAAGCCCUCUCUCAAACAAGCAGGAGGAUAUAGUAGCCAAGCCAAAACCUGUGCUGUUUCUACCCUGGGUGGAAGUGUCCAUAAUGGGUCACAGGUGAAGGAGCUAGAAGAAAAGAAAUGCCAAAUUCCAGUCCACUGUCAAGAUAGCAGGAUCACUAAGACUGUUUCUCAUCUGUAUCAGGAAAGUAUCUCCAAACAGCAGCCUCAUGUCAGUAAUGAAGCUCACAGGAGUCACCUCCCUUCAGCAAAACCAAAGCGAUCAUUCAUAGAGUCAAAUGUGUGA